CAGCAGCGGCAGAGAGAAAAGGCUGCGUGUGAAAGCCUCACCGCUCCAGUCAAGCAUGUCGCCUUUGCGUUUACAGGGAGCUGUACUGAACAAAAACAGAAGACUGCAGGGUUACCAAUGAUUUUACAGAGCAGCAUAGAGAAGUGUUUCGUUUUUUAAGGAAAGAAGAAAAGGAAAAAAUGUCUCGUUGGGUUUGGUGCCCGCUCCUGCUGCCUCCCCUGCUGCUGCUGCUGUUGCUUCUCGUGAUGUGUGAAGUUCAGACUCAAGCGGAAAACCGAGUGGUUUUUCUUCCGGGAAUGUUUCAGAAUGUGAGCGUCUCCCAGAACGAGACGGUGCAGGCCAUGGUGUCCAGGAUCCCCCCAGAGAUCGCUUUCCUUACUCUGCAGUUUCACACGCAGCACCGCAACGCCACGCUCUCCUACACGAGGGUUCCAGACCUUGGUCUCUCAGUAACAGCAGUGGACUCUGGGCUCCUGUCAGCUCUACUGCCUGGCCAGUCAGCUCUCUCCUUGUUCCUGUCGUCUCCAGAAGGUGACCCUGUGGCAGGCACUGGGGUCAUCCUCCCAUACACCAGCACUGAUCCGGUCCCUGGAGCCUGUAACACAGAGUUCAACCUGGACAUUGACCCAAACGUCUACAUCCACUACAACCUCUAUGAGACCACGAUCCGCUUUGCACCAGCAAAUUUAGGAUAUCAGAGGGGAGAUGAUCCUCCUCCCUGUGAUGAAUCCACAGAGCCCAGCACACGCUGGCGGCUGCAGUACGACAUCUACCAGUACUUCCUGCCUGAGAACGACCUAUCAGAGCGCAGCCUUUUUCGUGGCAUCCAGGAAGUGGCAGACGUUAAUGGCAUGAUGGCAAAUGGCAAACAGGUCAUGACACUCUUUUCAUCAGAUUUGACUAAGGCCGUCUUUAACUCGAUCCCCGGUCAGGGCGUCAUCUACUCAGUCAUCGUCAGAGACCCUUUGCGGAACACCUCGUCCUCCUACGUCCCCGUCCACACUUAUGCCUGCAGCUUCGCCUCCACUCUUGAUGGCUGCCAAACACAGGGAAAAAUAUCCACAAAGGUUUUCUUCACCAUCGCUGGCUUGGCAGGCCUGUUCGUUUGCUUCUUUGGACACCGUUUUUUCAAAACCGAACUCUUCUGCAUGGGAUUCAGCUUUGCAGCGUUUUUCUUCUUUGUGCUGAUCACAAGGACAACACUACUGGACUAUGACAUCCGUCUGGCAUUGUCAGCAGUGAUUGGCGUCGUGGGUGGCGUCCUCCUGGUGACAAGUUGGUGGCGUUUUGGUUCAGUCAUGGCUUGCAUCAUCGUGGUUGGACUGAUGUUGGGUUUCCUCCUCGCUGCCACAGUCUUCUUCACUCCUCUAGGUGACCUAGAUGUGUUCAGGCGUUCUGAUGCAGUUUUCUGGGUGACGUUCUGCUGCAUCAUGGUCAUCGUUCCGCUCUUCUUUGUGCGGUGGCCCAGAGAGGGGAACAUCAUCACCUGUGGUAUUGUUGGUGCUUACGCCGUCGUUCUGGCCUUAAACGCCUACAUUUACACGAGCCUCUCCUACAUCACUCUGAACAUCCUGAAACGCUUCCUCAACAACAACUUCAGCUCUGUGUUCACAGACGUGCCCUUCCAAAUGAUCGACUACAUCAUGAUCACAGUGUGGGUGGUCCUCGGUGUUGGCGGUAUCGUCCUGCAGCUCUACCGGGAGCGCUCUCGCCCGUUCUUCCCUCCCAGCCCAUACCUCAUGUGGCUGCAGGAACGCGAGCGCCGCAAGACCAACGUCCUGGACCCGAGCCACCACUUUCCCCCGCUGCCGAACCGCAUCCUGGCCCGAGCACGGCAGCUCACCAAGAGGAGCGAGCCGGCGGGAGAACACACACCUCUGCUCUUGUAAUUGCCCUCUCUAAAGGCCGAUUAAGACUGAAACAAGUAGGAGAAAAGACGUCUCUGGGAUGUAUUUCCGGCCUGUGGUGACUCUGCCUGCCAAUUUUCGAGGAACCAGAGAUAUUUUGGUUUUUAGGACGAGAACAUUUCCUCGUGUGUUGCUUGGAGUCGACCAAAAAUCAGCUUUCGUAGAAAAGCAGCUCCAAGAGGGAUUGAAAUCACUGACACUCUUCAUGUGGAUCUGAAUUUUAUACGUCUUUUCAUACAAGACUCAUUUUUUUGCUUGAACACCACUUUUUUUAACACUUAAAUUACUUUAAAUAAUCACUGAAACUUUUCAAGAAGAACUAAAGAUUUGUCUUCAAAUGUUUUUAAUACCUACAGUGCGCUUUAUGAUGUCUGUCUGUUUGUGCUCCUUUUGCUGUUUGCACUAAAGUCACAACCUACUAAAACCCACAAAGAGAGGCAUUCUACCUGCAUUAAUAGAAGAAAUAAAUGACAUCUAUGUCCUUUGUUUAUACUGUAUAGAAGCUGUAGAUAAAAAGCAGUGGUGCAUUAAACCUGCAUUCUUUGUUAUGGCCAGCAGAGGGCAACUUUAAUCAUGUGAAAGCAAUUGUAAAGAUGGCCCUGCUUCACUUUAAUAUUAUUACCUCAGUGAGCAUUUUUCUCACAGAUUUAUGAACCCAACCUUUAGUUUAAAGUUCUUUUAUCAUAGCACAAUAUUCAUUAUUACUAUUUAUUAGGAAAUCAACAGUAAUGCCAGGUAAUCUUUAGCACCGCAACCUCUCGUAAAAUAGAAGCCUGGGGUGGACAUGCAUCCAUGAAUUUUAGUAACACCAUUUUACAGCUAAAACAAGAAAUCUCUGGUUGUUUUCGUAAGAUAACAACUGUUUUCUUGUUAUCUGUUGUAUAAUAAUAGACAUUUUCUAAGAUACAAGAUAAGCUGCAAGUUCUGUUGAUAACAGUCACACACAGAUCUAAAAAAGCAACUAGAACUCAGAGGUGUACAUGCCUGGCAAGUAGCUGUCAGUGUGACUUUGUAAUGAAACAACACAGGCACAUUCACUUCUUUCUACAUUCAGCCUAUAAUGGGUUUAAAUAUCAGCCUGUAUCGGCUGUAAAUGCCGGCCUGAUUCGGCUAUAAAUAUCAGCCUAUGUUGGCUUGAAAUAUCAGCCUAUAUUGGCUGUAAAUAUCAGCCUGUUUUGGCUGUAGAUAUUGGCCUAUGUCAGCCGUAAUAUCGGCCUUUAUCAGUUGUAAAUAUCAACCUGUAUCAGUUGAAGAUAUGGGCCUGUGUAGGCUGUAAGCAUCUGCCUAUAUCAGCUGUAAAUAUCGGCCUAUGUCAGCUGUAAAUAUCUGCCUAUAUUGGCUCUAAAUAUUGGCUUAUAUCAGCUGUAAAUAUCAACUAAAAUUAGCUGUAUUUAUCGGUCUAUUCUGUCUGUAAAUAUCAGUCUAUAUAGGCUGUAAAUAUUAGCCUGUGUUGGCUGUAAUUAUCAGCCUAUAUUUGCUUUAAAUGUCAGCCUGUAUUUGCUGUAAACAUAGGCCUAUAUUGCCCUUUAAAAUUGUUUUAUAUUGUCUGUGAAUAUCACCAGGAUUGGCUUUCAAUAUUAGCUUAAAUCUGCUGUAAAUAUCUGCCUAUAUUAUCUGAUAAUGUAAGCCUAUGUCAAAAGUAAAUUCAAGCUUAUAUCGGCUCUAAAUAUCUUAGUGGAAAUUUAGACAACCAACAGACCUCCAUCUGCUAAAGUUUUUUCUUUGUUCAUUCUUAUUCCUUUAAGUUUAGUAUUUUCAAAGACUGAAGAUUUAGGUUUACACUACAUUUAUAUAUUUGUAGUGACUAAGAUAAACUUGUAAAUAUAGGUACAUCAGAUGUCAGCAUAAAUCCAAUAUCAUGCAUCUCUAAUAAAAAGCCAAAGCACAACAAAGUCACAAUUUUUUGACUGAAAUUGUGUCAGAAUAACAAAGCUUUGUUAUUUCUAGCAACUCUCAGACUUCGGGAUACUUAAGUGAUAAGACAACAGCUGAAAAUGACUAAUUAUCACAAGAAAAUAGAGUAAAAAAAUGUAUGGAUGCAUGUCCGCUUCAGGCUCUUGCAGCUUUAGAUUCAAAGCUACUUGCUGCAAAAACACAAACUAGCAAAAUUAAAGGCUUCAGAACUGCAAUCACCAAACCAUUCGUCACUGAGUUUAGGGUCUGUGAUUUCUCUGACAACUGGAAUAAAAGGAAAACACACGUUCUGCAUUAUUUGGUUAAAAACAACACACCCAGGUGAGACUGUUGAUCAACAUAGUGUCUUUAAAUGUUGAAUUAAACCCUAGAAUAGACUCUAAAUUAUAACAGAUAAUGUGAUGAUUUAAUGUUUUAAUGUGCAUUAAUCCAUUAAAAUGUAAUGUUUAAUCAGCAUUCAUGAUGUGGUUACACAGGUCAGUAGAAUACUAGAAUAAGAACUGUAUUACUGAAAGAACACAAUAUUGCACUGUUGUAGUAUGAAAUCAUCAGUAUUUCCCUCUCUUCACCGGCUGUGUCUGUGUUCCUGAUCAGGCUGAAGUCUGAUCAGUCUUUUUGUAAUUUGCACACUGAAUUUUAAUAUAUAAAACUGUCUGGUUUUUAGGAUGAUGAUUGUUGAUGUUUUUAACUCUUUGUGCCACGAUGACUCUUCUCAGGGUUUCACUCUCAGCUUUUAUACACCGAUGCACUGAGACUGCUGAUGAAACCUUCAGUUUUUAAGCCUGUACGUGAAUAUUUUUUAUAUAACCACUGAACCGCUCUGGUCUCUUAAUUUUUAAUGAAAUUCAAAGCAGCAUGCACACAUGUCUGAAAAUGAGGUCAAAUGUACUUUUUAAAUUAACAUGUUUUGAUAUUU